UGGUUACGGCCGCGGAGCAGCAGGCUGCUGGCGUUGAGGUGAGCGCACCGUAAUGAAGAACGGAUGUGGGCGCGAUGAAAAUAAAGUACUUGGUAGUUAAAUACGAAGCAAAAGAAAAUGAUCUAGGGGUGUUUAUCCUCCAACAUAGUACCCGAAGACUCACGAAACUCUCCGCCGCCGCCCGUGCACGACCGACGUCGACCCCACGACGCCGAUCACCGCGCGCGCAACACGUCCAACUCCAACACCCCACCAGCAAAGCACCUUAACCACAACCACAACCACAACGACAGCCCCAAACAACAACAAACGACAAUGCCCCCCCGCGGCAAACUCAUCGCCUUCGAAGGCCUCGACCGCGCCGGCAAAUCGACGCAAGUCGCGCGCCUAGCCACAACACUGCGCGCACAAGGCCACAGCGUACGCCAGCUGCGCUUCCCAGACCGGAGCACGCCGAUCGGGCAGCUGAUCGACGCGUACCUGCGCGGCGAGCGGGAGCUGAACGACCGCGUCGCGCAUCUGCUGUUUAGCGCGAAUCGGUGGGAGCUGGUCGAUACGAUCCUCGCCGCGCUCGCGGCUGGCGAAACCGUCAUCCUUGAUCGGUAUUACUAUUCUGGGCUGGUGUACACGCUCGCGAAAACCACCAAAGACACCACAACUUCACCAACCCCCACCGCCCCCACCCCCCCAGCAAUCACCCCCGCCUGGGCCCUCUCCCCCGACACCGCCCUCCCUAGGCCGGACCUCGUGCUCUUCCUGUCCAUCAGCGCCGCCGCCGCCGCCGAACGCGCCAACUACGGCGCCGAGCGCUUCGAGGAGCACGGCAUGCAGGCGCGGGUGCGCGCGCUGUUUGGGGCGCUGAUGCGGGCGGGGCCCGAGGGCGCUGACUUUGUUGAGGUGGAUGCCGCGGGCGGGGAGGAGGAGGUCGCGGAAAGGGGGCGCUGGAGGGGGUGCUGGCGGAGCGGGAGCGGGGGGCGGGCGUGUGAGUGCUGGGCGCUCUGGCGAUAAGGCUGGGUGGGAGGAGCGUGUGCUCGAGAGCGGCCUGCGAUG